AUGAGCUCAAACGAAAAUCACGAAACCAUGGACCACGAUCUCGAGAAAUUCCCAUUACUCUCUUACGUCCUUCACCAAUUCAACUCCGAUCACCACGCUCCGCCGUCAAUAGCGGUCCAACAAACUCUCGCUCCUUCUUUUCCUCUUCUCUCCGAUCAACAAAUCAUCUCCUCGUUGACUCAAUCCAUCCCUACCACCAUCACGCAGACGCUUUCCGUCUUGACCUCUCUCGGAUCACGACCAGACCCGUUGGCUGUUUCCUCUGCUCGGUCCAAGAUCGCUGAGAUUCUUCAGAAGGAAUCUCUCUCGCCGGAGGAAGCGGCGAAGGAAGCGGAGAUUUACACCGGGGUUGUUCGGUUGGAGGAGGUGCACGAUAGCUACGAGAAACAGUUGAAAGAUUUAGAGGAGGAGCUUUCUAGGGUUUAUGCCACGGCGGUUGAAUCGCUGUUGAGAAGCCGCGAAGAGGUGAACGAGGAGGUUGUUGCGGUGCUCAAGGCGGCGGAAUCAGGUGGCGUCGUUGAGAGGAUUGAUCUCUCCGGCCAAGAACUUAAGCUUCUCCCUGAAGCUUUUGGCAAAAUCGUUGGCUUAGUUUCCUUGAAUCUCUCUUGCAACGACUUGACGUUUAUACCUGAUGCAAUUUCGAAACUCAAGAAGCUAGAAGAACUUGAUGUUUCUUCAAAUUCUCUCGAAUCUCUUCCUGACUCUAUAGGAAUGUUACUUAACCUUAGGAUCCUUAAUGUGACUGCCAACAAUCUAACAUCACUCCCUGAAAGCAUCGGACACUGCAGGUCACUGGUUGAGUUAGACGCAAGUUUCAACAACUUGGCUUCAUUACCUACAAACAUCGGAUACGGACUACAGAACCUCGAGAGAUUAUCGAUCCACCUGAACAAGAUCCGUUACUUUCCAACUUCGAUCAUCGAAAUGCGUUCUCUAAAGUACCUUGACGCGCACAUGAACGAGAUCCACGGCAUUCCAAAUUCCUUCGGGAGAUUAACGAGACUCGAGUUUCUAAACCUAAGCAGCAAUUUCAACAACUUGAUGACUGUCCCCGACUCAAUCACCGAUCUUAUCAACUUGAGGGAGCUUGAUCUAAGCAACAACCAGAUCCAAGCGAUACCAGACUCGUUUUAUAGGUUGAAGAAGCUGGAGAAACUGAACUUGGACCAGAACCCGCUUGAGAUACCGUCUCAAGAAGUGGCUAAACAAGGAGCCGAAGCGGUGAUAGAGUUUAUGAGGAAGAGAUGGGCUGUGAUUAUGGCGGAGGAGCAGCAGAGGAUCGGUGUUGAAGCUGAGCGGCAUGGAGAUGAAAACGGGUGGGUCUCAUGGGGCUCCUCCAUGGUUACUAAUCUUGUUUCUGGUGUGACUCAGACCAUUGGAUUUGGAGGAGGAUCUGCUGUUGGUGGAGACAAGAAACCUGCAGAUUCAUAUUUUUACCACCAAAUCUAA